GGGGAGUGGGGAGGGAGGGCCCCGGAGGGGGGUCAGGGGGCUCCGGAGUCAGCCUCAGAGGGGUGUCCAGAGCUAGGCAGCAAGGACCAGAGGAAGGUGGACAGAGACUGAGAGGACUAAGCAGAGACACAGAGAAAAAAAGAGACAGAUCCCAAAGGGACAGACCCCAAUAUUCAUCCACGGAGCCGCAGAGGCAGCUGGAGCUGCUGCUAUAGGAGCAACUCUGCUGCCUGUCCGUCCCCAUGGGCCACCGUAGGCCAUGGCUGCACACUUCUGUCCUCUGGGCUGCAGUGGCCAGCCUGCUUCUCCCCCCGGCCAUGACCCAGCAGCUGAGAGGGGCCGGGCUGGGCUUCAGCAACCAGAACAACAAUGCUGGAGCCGCUGGGCCCUCCCAGGAGUCAUCGGCAGGGCUUGGCCACCCCCUCCGCAGCCCUAGAGACCAUCCAGACAAGAACGAGGAUAUCUCCACAGAGAAGGGGCAUCACUUCUGGGGUCAUCCAGACGGUGAAGAGGAGGAAGAGGAUGUCUCCAAGGAAUAUGGCCACGCCGCAGGCCAGAGGUCCCAAGACCACGAGGUCAGAAACAAGGAUGUCUCAGGUGAGGAGGUCUUCGCAGAGCAUGGUGGGCAGGCCCGUGGGCACAGAGGCCAUGAGAGUAAAGACACGGAAGACUCAGCAGAGCGCAGGCGUCACACCCCCAGCCACAGGCGCCACAGCCACCAAGACGAGGAUGAAGACGAAGUUGUGUCCCAUGAGCCUCACCAUCACAUCCUCAGGCAUGGACACCGAGGCCACGAUGGUGAAGAUGAUAAAGGAGCAGAGGGGGAGGAAGAGGAGGAGGAGGAGGAAGAGGAGGUCUCUACUGAGUAUAGGCACCAGGCCCACAGGCACCGAAGCCAUGGGACUGAAGAGGAUGAGGAUGUCUCAGAUGGACACCACCACCAUAGCCACAGGCACCAAGGCCACGAAGAAGAUGACAAUGAUGAUGAUGAUGUCUCCACUGAGUAUGGACACCAGGCCCACAGGCACCAACGCCACGGGAGUGAAGAGGAUGAGAAUAUCUCAGAUGGACACCACUAUCAUGGCUCCAGCCACAGGCACCGAGGCCACGAAGAAGAUGAGAAUGACGAUGAUGAUGAUGUCUUCACUGAGUAUAGACACCAGGCCCACAGGCACCAAGGCCACAGGAGUGAAGAGGAUGAGAAUAUCUCAGAUGGACACCACCAUCAUGGCUCCAGCCACAGGCACCGAGGCCACGAAGAAGAUGAGAAUGACGAUGAUGAUGAUGAUGAUGAUAAUGACAUCUCCACUGAGCAUGGACACCAGGCCCACAGGCCCCGAGGCCACAGAAAGGAAGAGGAUGAGGUUAUGUCAGGCGAACACCACCAUCAUGUCCCUGACCAUGAGCACCUAGGCCACAGAGAUGAGGAAGAAGAUGAGGAUAUGUUCACUGAACAUUGGCGCCAGGGCCCCCAACAUGUCCACCAUGGCCUUGCAGAGGAGGAGGAGGAAGAAGAGGAGAUCAUAGUCCAGUUCAGCCACCAUGUUGCAAGCCACCAACCUGAAGGCCACAAGAAUGGUGAGGAGGAUGCCCCAGAGGAGUAUAAAACAGAAGUCCCUCACCGUCACCACCACAGGGUCCACAGGGAAGAUGAGGACAUCUCUGCUGAGCUGGGCCACCAGGCCCCCAGCCACAGGCAAAGCCACCAAGAUGAAGAAACUGGCCAUGGUCAAGCAGAGUCCAUUGAAGAGAUGAGCCAUCACCCCCCAGGACACACAGCGGUCAAGGAUGGAAACCAUGUGAGGGAGGAUGAUUCUGAGGAGGAAAAGGAGAAAGAGGACCCCGGCUCCCACGAGGAAGAUGAUGACAGCUCAGAGCAGGAAGAGAAAGGCACCCACCUUGGCAGCCAGGACCAGGAAGAUGAGGAGGAUGAGGAGGAAGGUCAUGGCCUCCACCUGAACCAGGAGGAGGAAGAAGAGGAGGAUGAGGAGGAGGAUGAGGAGGAGGAGGAAGAGGAGAGGAGGGAAGAGAGGGCUGAGGUUGGGGCCCCACAAAGCCGAGACCACAGGGAGGAGGAAGAAGAGAAGGAGGAGGGGCUGGAGGAAGAUGAGCUCCCCUUCACCAUCAUCCCCAACCCAUUGGAGGGGAGAGAGGAGGCUGGAGGUGCCUCCAGUGAGGAGGAAAGCGGUGAGGACACAGGUCCACAGGAUGCUCAGGAGUACGGGAACUACCAGCCAGGGUCCCUGUGUGGCUACUGCUCCUUCUGCAAUCGUUGCACGGAAUGCGAGAGCUGUCACUGUGAUGAGGAGAGCAUGGGUGAGCACUGUGACCAGUGCCAGCACUGUCAGUUCUGUUAUCUCUGCCCGCUUGUCUGCGAAACGGUCUGCACUCCAGGAAGCUACGUCGACUAUUUCUCCUCCUCCCUAUAUCAGGCCCUGGCGGACAUGCUGGAAACACCGGAACCCUGACCCAGCUGCGCGGCUGCGACGCAGUUGUACCUCCUCCUGCUUUCCAACCCCUUUCCACGAGCCAUAUUUAUUUCUCUGAGUAAACGUGCUUCCCGAAA